GUAAAUUAAUAUUAAGUUUGAAUGGUCAGCUGGAAAAAUUAAAGACAAAUUAGAAAUUAUUGUAUGAUUAUAAAGCCAAAACAGCGAUUGAAGUUGAUAGGGAUUAAAAAUGAAAGAAUAAAGAAUAAGGAGUCUAGAAAAUAAAAGGAGACAUGUUAAACAUAUAAGAUAACAAAGUAGGAGAAAGUUAUUGCAGGAUAAACACUUAAUACAUAAUAAUAAAUUUAUAUUAAUGAGAAAAACCAAGAAUAAUGUUCAUAGUGGAAUCAAGUUCUCAAUAUACCUGUAGGAAUUCAAAGUUUCUUGAUAAUGUGCUUAAGAAAUUCAUGA